AUGUGGCUCCCUGCUACUCAAGCCAAACGGCACAAUCAGCCUCCACGGCUACCCGCUCGCGCAACGCACCCAACACCCGAAGAGCCUGCACGGCUCCGAGAAGCUCCUCUGGGCAGCAGCAAACCUCCCAACCGAAUGGACUGCGAACUACAGCGCCCCAUGCUGCAGAGCGCCACUGACGCAGACAACAGCGCCCCCAUUGCAGCCACCUACCAACAGGCAGCAACAGCAAGCGCGUCAGAUGCAACAGGCCCAAGCCUGGCCAAUGAUAGUAGGGGAAACCUUUUGGCUGAGCAGAUAGACGAUUCGACAUUCUGCACCAUCAACGAUGACGCCCCCACCAGGAUUAUGGGUAGCUGCAGCAGCUCGCCAGACCUAAAAAUUGCUAGCGCUGGUUUGAUCAAUAGCAUCUCAUGGCGACCUCUGCUAACACUAGCAUCAGACCAUCUACCCAUAGUCAUCUCGAUCAAUAAGCCCACCGACUUUGCUCCCGCGGACCACCGAACCUACACCAACUUCAACAAAGUUGAUUGGGACGGUUUCGCGGAAGUCACCGAGAGCAGCUUCGCCGCCCUUCCCACACCCACAAACAUACACACUGGCGAACGCCAGUUCCGCAGGGUAGUCACUGCCGCAGCGGCUCGCUUCAUUCCGUCCGGACGCAUCGCGGAAGUCCGCCCAAAUUUCCCGGCCGAAGCAGCUGUCGACCCCGGGGACCCCCGUCUGAGGGACCUUAAUUUGGAGAUUCGGCAACUGGUAAAUCAGCAUAAGCGG